AUGGCGCCUCCUCGCAUCGAAGCACAAGAAAUCGAGACGUACUGGAACAUCUUCUCCACCCGGACGGGCGGCGGCCAGUUCCUGACGGGAGAACAGGCCGCGCCGGUGCUGAAGAAUAGCGGCCUGACGGACAACCAGCUCGAGAGGGUGUGGGAUCUCGCCGACGUCGACAAUGAUGGAAAUCUCGACUUUGAGGAGUUUUGCGUUGCCAUGAGAGUUAUUUUUGAUAUCCUGAAUGGCGAAUACUCAGAUGUCCCGACGACACUCCCCGAUUGGCUCGUCCCCGAGUCCAAGGCACAUCUCGUCCAGGCGAAUCGCGCGCUCACAGGAAGGCAAGUGGCGUUUGAGCAAGUCGACGACGAUCCAGACUCCCCAGGGCUGAAGGAUGGAUUCGACUGGUACAUGAGCCCAGCGGACAAGUCCAAGUACGAGUCGAUAUACCAAGAGAACCGGGACGCACGGGGACAAGUAGCUUUCACUGCUCUCGAGGACCUCUACGAAUCCCUCGACGUUCCCGACACCGACAUCCGCUCCGCUUGGAACCUCAUCAACCCCUCAGCUGGCCAAUCCAUCAACAAGGAUGCCUGCCUCGCCUUCCUUCACAUCCUGAACAACCGCCACGAAGGCUUCCGCAUUCCGCGCACCGUCCCCGCCUCCCUCCGGGCCUCAUUUGAGCGCAACCAGAUCGACUACCAACUAGACAACCAGACCCCCGGCGCCUCCCGAUGGGCGACAAAGGCCGACGACUCGACGGCGACGGGCCGCAAGGCCAAGUUUGGCGACCAGUACCUCACCCGCCUGGGCCGCAGCGGCUUUAAGUCUAGCGGAACCGACUUCUCCACGGCCAAGACGGACGACUGGGAGGAGGUCCGCCUCAAGAAGCAGCUGCAGGAACUGGACGAGAAGAUGGCCCGCAUCGAGGCCGACGUCGAGCGUAAGAAGGGCGGUAAGCGCGACGGCAAGCCCGCUCUCGUCAAGCGCGAGCUCGAGCAGCUGCUCGACUACAAGCGCAAGGAGCUCAAGGACCUCGAGAGCGGUGCCGGCAAGGGCCAGGGCGGCGGUGGUGGGCUGAAGGGGGUAGCGGAUGAUUUGCAGACGGUCAAGGAGCAGGUUGAGGGUCUCGAGACGCAUCUCGCGUCGCGGCAGGGUGUGCUUGACCAGCUGCGGAGGGAGAUUGAGGAUGAGAAGUCGAGUAGAUGA